UAUGCACACAGCAUCAUGUUCAUUUUUGCCGGCUAUUGAACAAAACCUCUUCUCUUCUCUCUACCUGGGAUUAGAGAGAAGCAGAGAUGAAUAUGAUGAUGAUGAAUUAUCAGGUUGAUCACCAAAGGAUCAAAACCAAUGGAAUAUGGAUGCAUGUAGCAGAGAAAGGUACGGGUCCUCUUGUUCUAUUGAUUCAUGGCUUCCCAGAAUUCUGGUAUGCUUGGCGCCACCAGAUCAACUUCUUGGCUGACAACGGUUACCAUGUCGUGGCUCCUGAUUUGAGAGGCUAUGGUGACUCUGACUCUCCCCUCAGCCCCAGCUCCUACACCAUGAUGCACAUAGUUGGAGACCUCAUCGGCCUAAUUGACCAUUUUGGUCAACAAAAGGUGUAUGUAGUAGGACAUGACUGGGGAGCAGUUGCUGGGUGGUAUCUGAGUUUGUUCAGGCCAGACAGAGUUAUGGGGUUUGUCGCUCUAAGUGUUCCAUACUAUCCAAGGUCUCCGAACUGUAAAACUGUCCAAUCAAUCAAAAAAAUCUACGGAGAUGGAUGUCAUGUCAUUCAAUUCCAGGAACCGGGAAGAGCAGAGAAAGCGUUCGCGAGGUAUGACUACACGACAGUGAUGAAGAAGUUCUUGCUUAUAACCGACAAAAUGAUAGCCCCUCCGGACAUGGAGAUCAUUGAUUUCCUGGAGACAAAAUGGUCAUUGCCACCAUGGCUAACAGAAGAGGAUAUCCAGGUGUAUGCUGAGAAAUUUGAGGAAUCUGGCUUCACUGGUGCUUUCAACUACUACCGUGCAAUGGACCUGACUUGGGAGCUUCUUGCACCCUGGCAAGGAUCAAAAAUCACAGUUCCCGUGAAGUUCAUAGUCGGUGACAAAGAAUUUGGUUUCCAGUCUGGUGGCGCAAACGAUUUUGUGGAAGGUGAUGAGUUCAAGAGCCUUGUCCCGGACCUGGAAGUGGUUAUUAUAGACGGACACCAUUUUAUUCAAGAAGAGAACCCUCAAGAAGUCUCCAACCAAAUACUUUCCUUCCUGCGUAAACACCCCAUGGAUCUGUGAAUUUGCAUCGUUUUGUAUCAGCUUUGAGUGUCUAAUUUUAUGAUAUUUGUGUUUUUCUCUAUCUUCUUAAGACAUGUAGGAAACUCUCUGUUUAUAGUCUGAUGUGAAUAUUUGAUAUGAGGUACAAUUAGCAUUUUUCA